GGACUGGUCGUGUGGAUACCAUACAUUCCCUUGCGGGUAUAAAAUUUGGCAGUCACCAGAUCAGACGCCUUUUUGCCCCUAGCCUUACUUACCAUGGAUUCCACUAUCAGAUCGCUCGUGAGGUUCGUCGCCCGAGGCUUCUACGGCCAGCAAUAUGUGCUUAUCUUGGAUGCCAUCUUGCUCCACUCCGUGUUGUCUGAAGACGAUCUCUUAUUCUUGUUGGGGAUUCAGCGGAAAAACCUCCGGUCGCUCUGCAACAAGUUGGUGGAGGACCGGAUGCUCACGGUGCACUCACAGAAAGAGGAGUUGCCGAACUUGCGGUUGACCACACGAACAUACUACUACAUUCACAUCACAGAGGCGAUCGACUCCAUCAAAUGGAAGAUGCACUCCGUGGUCAAGUUGAUUAUGGACGAAAUGAAGCACGAUGGGAACCCGCAGGGGUACGUGUGCCCACGGUGCAAGUCACGCUACUCGCAGCUAGAUGCCAUUUCCAUGUUGAGUGAUGACCGUGUGAACUUUGUCUGUGACGUGUGCCAGGGCAUAUUGAUUGAGGACGAUUCGGGCAUCCAGGCGCGAAAGAGGCAGGAGAAGCUCACCAAGUUGAUGAAUCAGAUCGACCCGAUUAUUGGCUACUUGAAGAAAAUCGACGAUUCCUUCAUUGAGGACAACACCUUCGAGUCCACGUUGACCAAGGCCAUUCCAGCGCAGUCCACUCCCGUGGCCGCGUACGCCGUUUCCACCAGAACGUCGGGUACCAGAACCAACAGCACGAAUAAUAUGUCUGCCUCCUUGCAAUCCGCGGCGCAGAGAUCGCAGGCCACGUUGCACGUGCGGAUCACGGCGAACGACGAGAACGCACUCAAGGAGAGCCAGGAGAAGACCAAGAGACAGGAGAAGAUGAAGCAAAAUGCUUUGCCAUCGUGGCACUCCGAGAGUACCGUCGGUAAGGCGUCGUUGGGGAGGUUGGAUGACGAAGAGGAGAACGAGUCGGCUCCAGAGGUCAAGGUGGAGAGCACUGCUGACAGCUCCAGCCGCCCUGCAGAGACGAAAACGCCGAAGAGGAGGAGGAUGAUGACGAUGACGAUGAAGACGAUGACGACGAGUUUGAGGAGGUAGAGGACUUUGAUGAUGUAUCGACGCCCCAGACUGCUGUUCUGGUGUCCCAGGCCGCGGACGAUGAUGACGACGAUGAAGACGAUUUUGACGAC